AAUAAAUAAAUAAUAUGCUAUUCCAAUGUGAAUAAAAUGUGGUAAAUAAUCUUAAACUGUAAAAUUUAAAUAAUUAAAUAGCUAUCAUGUUUUCAAUUUGCAAACAAACGCACCCGGCUACCGGCAUCGAACAUGCCCUAAGCUGUUAUUUCUUUGAUAAAACUGAAAGAAGCUUAAUUACCGCUGCCGCGAAUAUUAUUAAGAUAUUCCGAUUAAUUCCUGAUGUAGAUUCAAAAUCUAAAAGCGAAAGAUAUUCAGAAUUUUCGCCCCCAAAAUCAAAGUUAGAAUGUGUGGCUCAGUAUUCAGUUUUUGGAAAUGUUAUGUCAAUGCAAAGUGUUCGAUUGGCAAAUUCCACAAGGGAUGCUCUAUUGCUGGCAUUUGCAGAUGCCAAACUUUCAGUUGUUGAAUACGAUCCCGAAUCCCAUGACUUAAGGACUCUAAGUUUGCAUUAUUUUGAAGAGGAUGAAAUGAAAGAUGGUUGGACCCACCACCAUCAUGUACCAAUUGUACGGGCAGAUCCUGAAAAUCGUUGUGCUGUUAUGACAGUAUUUGGUAGAAAACUAGUGGUUUUACCAUUUAGAAGGGAAAAUGCUAUUGAUGAUAAUGAGACAGAUGUUAAAGUGAAUGUUAAACCAGGUUCAAAUAAUGCUGCAAAUACAAAAGCACCAAUUUUAGCUUCCUAUAUGAUUUUGUUAAAAGAAACCAUGGAUAAAAUUGAUAAUAUUAUUGAUAUACAGUUUUUACAUGGUUAUUAUGAACCUACUUUAUUGAUAUUGUAUGAACCUCUUAAAACUUUCUCAGGUCGUGUGGCUGUAAGAACUGAUACAUGUGCCAUGGCAGCAAUAUCUUUAAAUUUACAACAAAGAGUUCAUCCAGUAAUUUGGAGUGUAUCAAAUUUACCAUUUGAUUGUACUAUGGCAGUUCCCAUAAAAAAACCACUGGGUGGUACUUUAAUAUUUUCGGUCAAUGCUUUAAUUUACUUGAAUCAAAGUAUACCUCCAUAUGGAGUAUCACUGAACAGCAUUGCAGAAAGUAGUUCCAGUUUUCCGUUAAAACCGCAAGAUGAUAUAAAAAUAAGUAUGGAUUGCGCAAAUGUUGAAUUUUUGGAAGAUGAUACUUUGGUAUUAUCUCUAAAAGGUGGCGAAUUGUAUGUAUUAACUCUCCUAGCGGAUAGUAUGAGAUAUGUAAGGAAUUUUAAUUUUGAAAAAGCUGCUGCCAGUGUACUAACAACAUGUAUUUGCGUUUGCGAAAACAACUUUUUGUUCCUCGGUUCACGACUCGGCAACUCCCUUUUGCUGCGUUUCACUGAAAAAGCCAAUGAAGUGAUAACGCUGGACGAAAGCGACGAACCUUCGGCGAAACGAUCGAAAUCCGAAGAAGAACAGCGACAACUGGACAACCUGGAAGAUUGCAUGGCCACCGACGUUUUAGACAUCCGUGAUCCCGAAGAGCUCGAAGUGUACGGCAACCAGAAGCAGGCGAGUCUCCAGAUCACGAGCUACGUGUUCGAGGUGUGCGACAGCUUGCUGAACAUCGGCCCAUGCGGAAAUAUUUCCAUCGGAGAGCCGGCGUUUCAUAGCGAAGAGUUCGCGAGCAAUCCGGAUAUGGAUCUCGAGUUGGUAACCACUUCCGGCUACGGUAAGAACGGGGCCCUGUGCGUUCUGCAAAGAUCUAUAAGGCCACAGAUUGUGACCACUUUUACUUUACCUGGAUAUUCUAACAUGUGGACCGUAAGGCAUGGGGAUGACAAGCAUGCAUUUUUGAUCUUAAGCCAAGAAGAAGGAACAAUGAUUCUUCAAACAGGCCAAGAAAUAAAUGAAAUUGAUAACACUGGUUUUGCAACAAGUGGACCAACGAUAUAUGCAGCCAAUUUAGGCAAUAAUAAAUAUAUUGUUCAAAUAACGACCACCGCAGUAAGACUAUUAGCUGGAGCAAAUCAAAUCCAACACAUUCCUUUAGACUUAGGUUCAGCAAUCGUUCACGCUUCCUGUGCUGACCCCUAUAUUUCUUUAUUAACAACUGAUGGUCAAGUUAUAACUCUUAUGUUAAGAGAAGCUAGAGGUACAGCCAAAAUGGUUAUCAGUAAAUCCACACUGUCAAAUAAUCCUCCUGUGACAAACGUAUGCCUAUACAAAGACACUUCCGGUAUGUUUUCGAACAAAAUUCCGGAAGAAUUUACCCACAUCCCGGAACAAGUGUUGGGCGAUAUCGAAAUGAAGACUGAGACGGAAAACGAAGACGAUCUCUUGUACGGAGAAACCGAUUUCAAAAUGCCUUCCUUAAAUCCACCGGCCCCAAAACCUAAGGUUUAUUACAACUGGUGGAAAAAAUAUAUGACCAACACGAGGCCCUCCUACUGGCUUUUUGUUGUGAGGGAGAAUUCCAACUUGGAAAUUUAUUCCUUACCCGAUUUUAAGCUCAGUUUUUAUGUCACCAAUUUAUGUUUAGGAUGCAAGGUAUUAGUAGACAGCCUAGAGUCAGUACAAAUAAACUCAGCUAGCGCUAAUGAAACCCAAAUCCAAAAAGACUACCAAGUAAAGGAAAUCCUAAUGGUAGGUCUUGGUACGAAUGGCAGUAGGCCUAUACUAUUAGUAAGGCUCGAAAAAGACUUGUACAUUUACGAGGUGUUCAGAUUUACAAGGGGAAACCUAAAGUUGCGUUUCAAAAAAAUGAAACACAAUCUAAUUUACACGCCAAGCUUGGAGGGAAGACAGGAUUCAGACAGUUCGGAGUAUGCCACGAUUCAGGAUAGAAUUGUGAAGAUGAGGCAUUUCAAUAACAUAGCAGGGUACGAUGGCGUUUUCAUUUGCGGUUCCAAUCCGCAUUGGAUAUUUUUGACCACAAGAGGCGAACUUAGAACCCAUUCCAUGAAUAUCGACGGGGAGGUUCUCAGUUUUGCUGCUUUUAAUAAUGUUAAUUGUCCGCAAGGGUUCCUAUACUUUAACAAAAAGUCCGAAUUAAGGAUAGGUGUUCUAAGGACCCAUUUAAAUUAUGACGCGCCAUGGCCAGUAAGGAAAGUACCCUUACGUUGUACCCCGCACUUCGUGAGCUACCAUUUAGAAUCGAAAACAUACUGUCUAGUUACAAGUAUAGCUGAACCUUCAAAUCAGUAUUACAAAUUCAACGGCGAAGAUAAGGAAUUGUCCAUUGAAGAUAAAGGCGACAGAUUUCCGUAUCCCCCACAAGAAAAGUUCAGUUUGAUGCUGUUCUCGCCCGUUUCCUGGGAAGUCAUACCCAACACCAAGAUCGAUUUGGACGAAUGGGAGCACGUAAAUUGUUUGAAAAAUGUUGCGUUAGCCUACGAGGGUACCCGAUCAGGUUUGAAGGGGUACAUUGCAGUAGGUACCAACUAUAAUUAUGGCGAAGAUAUAACUUCGAGAGGAAGGAUUUUAAUCUACGAUAUUAUUGAGGUCGUGCCGGAACCUGGUCAACCUUUAACCAAAAAUAGAUUUAAAGAAAUUUAUGCCAAAGAUCAAAAGGGCCCUGUGACUGCUCUUUCACAGGUUAAAGGAUUUUUGGUGUCUGCUGUGGGACAAAAGAUUUAUAUUUGGCAAUUAAAGGAUAAUGAUUUGGUUGGUGUCGCGUUCAUAGAUACGCAAAUUUAUACUCACCAAAUCCUAGUGAUUAAGAGUCUUUUAUUGGUAGCAGAUGUUUAUAAAUCUAUAGCUCUUCUACGGUUUCAAGAAGAAUACAGGACUCUGUCUCUAGUUUCAAGGGAUUUUAGAGCUUGUGAAGUUUACUCUAUAGAAUACAUGAUAGACAACUCAAAUUUGGGCUUUUUAGUUUCUGAUAGAGAAAAGAAUUUAGUCCUUUAUAUGUAUCAACCAGAAGCAAGAGAAUCUCUUGGAGGUCAAAGACUAUUAAGAAAAGCUGAUUUUCAUUUAGGACAAAAUAUUAAUUCAUUUUUCAGGAUAAAAUGUAAAUUGGGUGAACUUGGAGAGGACAAAAAACAUCUGACCGGUGCCGACAAGAGACACGUUUCAAUGUUUGCAACUUUGGAUGGUGGCUUGGGAUAUAUUAUGCCAGUGGCUGAAAAAACUUACAGGAGACUUCUUAUGUUGCAAAAUGUAUUGGUUUCACAAGGUGCCCACAUUGCAGGUUUAAAUCCCAAAGCAUUUAGGACUUAUAAAAGUUGGAGGCAAUUGCAUGCAAAUCCUGCAAGAGCUGUUAUAGAUGGUGAAUUGGUUUGGAGUUAUAUGAAUUUAUCAAUAAACGAAAAAAUAGAGGUCUCCAAAAAAAUAGGAACAAAACUGGAUGAACUUGUAGAUGAUUUAACUGAUAUUCAAAAACUUACAAAUCACUUUUAAUUAUGUAUGAAUUUUCUAUUUAAUGUAAG